AUGGAUCCAGAUGGUGGGUUCAGGAAGCGUCCAGUCUUCUGGUGGUUCACAUUGGAGGAUCAUCAAUGCAGUUUCUGGAGGAACGUUUCUGGUUCAUUUGGAGGAUUCGAUGGUGGUUCUUUCGAUGGCUCUAGAGGUGGUUCGUUUGGUGGUUCGUUUGGUGGUUCUAAAGGUGGUUCAAUUGGAGGUUCAGGUGGUUCAUUCGGAGGUUCUGGCGGCGGCUACUCAAGUGGUUCUUCUGGUUCGUUUGGUUCAUCAGAUGGUUCAUAUAGCGGGUCGUUCGGUGGAAAUUCUGGCGGUGUUCUUGCGAGUGGUUCAUUCGGUGGCUCAAAUGUCGGUUCUUUUGGAGGCAGUCAUUCAGGUGGUUCUUUUUUGGGGGGUUCUAAAGGUGGAUCGUUUGGUCAAUCAACUGGUUCACUUGGCGGGUCUGGUCGAGGUUAUUCACAGGGGAGUUCAUUCGGCAGUUCGUUAGGUGGUUCAAAUGGCGGCUCAAUCGGUGGUCAGACAGGCGGUUCGUUUGAUGGUUCGAGAGGCGUUUCUUUGGGUGGUUCUGGAGGUGGUUACGCAAACAGUGGUCCAUUUGGUGGAGGUAACACAGGCGGUACGGUCGGUGGUUCGAAAGGAAGUUCAUUUAGUGGUUCUGGAGGUGGCUACUCAAAUGGUGGUUCACUUGGUGGAUCGUUCAGUGGUUCAAAAGGCAGUUCGUUUGCAGGAGGUCAUACAGGUGGUUCAUUUGGAGGUUCAAACGCUGGCACUGGUGGAGGCCAUUCGAGUGGUUCGUUCGGUGUUUCGAAAGGCGGUUCGUUAAGUGGUACUGGAAAAGGUUACUUCGGUGGUGGGUCAUUUACUGGUUCGUCAGGUGGAGGCUCAGUUACCUCUGGCUACCUUCCUCCUACAGGACGGUAAAAGGCCUUCCCUAGCCUACUGUCCAUUCCUCUUUUGUCUUUUAUUCGUUCUGUCUUCAAGUCUUAUCUUCAUCCUUUAUUUAUUUUUUCCUUUAGGUUUUCAUUUGCUCCUUCUUUGACUGAUCCUUUGCCGCUUCCUUGCUCCUUGUUCAGUUUGGAUAAGCCAUAGCUCACAUCACGAGAGGAAGAAGAUAUUUAGAGUA